GAUCCUCACCUCCAACUUCUCUGGUCUUACCUUUUACUUCUGGUCAAGCCCACCUCCAACUUCUCUAGUCUUGCCUCUUAGUUUCAACCAAGGAUCACCACUAUGUUCCAGAAGUUAGUCAAUAAGGUUCGGCUCCUUCUCGGGUCCAAACGUGACGGGGACGAGCCUGGAAAGAGUCCACCUCAACAGCCACCACCGCCCUCGUACGAGGCAGCCACUGCUACGGCUACCAUCAUCCUUUCUUCUCUCGGGCGGCCUGCCGACGCCCUUUUCCGGAAGGCCACUUGCGACCGAACCAACCUCGUUCUCACCAAAGAAGGCAAAUCCGUUCUUUUCAUGUACUACAUCCUGUUAGAACACGCGCUUCUUAACAUUACGGGUUCGUACCAAUACAAAAAGCUUCCGCAACAUCGAGCGGAGGGCACGCCAGCCGCUUCCCGUGCUAUGGUCAACGCAGCCGGCAACUACGCAUUUCUGCUGGCUCUACUACACGCCAGCAAACAGUAUAACAUUUCCGAGGCGCGUCUGUCGUUGCCGGUCAGCGAGGCGGUGCACGCCAUACGUGAGGAUGUGGAAGGCGAGAUAGUGAAGGAUUUGUUGCAGGGCAACAGGUAUAAAGAGGAAAGACACGUGAUGCAAGAGCUGGUGGACAAGGUGUCGGGCAAUAUCGUUACGCAUGCGCACGUAUUCGACGACAGUGGCGGCCUCUGGGGAACGGGAAGGAUACGAGACAGCGUCGACACUGGUGAGCUGGACGUGUCGAAGGUGCAGGAGUGCUGGCGCUUGUUCAAGAGUGUGCUUGCCGAGACUGGUUCGAGACACCACAACUGCGGCGACCUGCUCCCGCCUCCUGGGUUCACCCGCUACAGUGGCCGAUCCCAGGCUGCGUUGCGAGGAAUCUGUUGA